AUGUCAAGAGUAAUAGUAAGAUUCUAUUUGAAUGAACAAUUUAUUUCAAGUAAACCAAUGAAUUCACAAGACAAUUUGAAAACAGUUAGGGAGAAGUUAAAAGAAAAGGUAUGUGAUUUUCAACAAUUUCUAACAAAAGACGGAGAAUUAAUUGAUAUAAGUGAUGAAGAGCGUUUUACUAUAGGAGAUAUAAUUAAUGAAUCAAGAAUAAUAAAUAUCAAAGAAACAGGAGAUAAAAUGGAAGUAAAAAUAAAAUUAAAUGAUAAAAUACUUACCACUGUUCAAGUGGAUAAGAAAAGAAAGUUAAGUGAUAUUAGAAAAUCAAAUCAAAGUAUUCCAGAAUCUGCACAUUUCUAUACACUUGAUAAUGAAAUAAUUGAAAAAGAAGAUGAAGAACAAUUUUUAAUAGAAGAUAUAAUAAAUAAUGAUGAAAUUAAUCUUAAAAAUGAGAAAGAAAAUAUUGUAACUGUUGGAAUAUGUUUGAAUGGAAAACCAUUAAUAAAUAAACAAUUAAAUGAGAACCUUUUUCUUUCAGAUAUCAGAAAAGAAAUUGAAAAUGUAAAAAAUAUUCCAAAAGAAUUUGUAUUUGAAAACCAAAAAGGAUUUAAAAUCCUAACUGAUGACGAACAAUCAUUAAAAUUAUCAUCUAUUCUGUAUGACAAUACAAUUAACAUAAUAGCAGAAGAAGUUUUAAAGAUAAGAGAACAAAUUAAUACCCAAAUUGAAGGGUUAAGGAAACCGUUACAUAAUGCUUUAUCAAAAUUGAGUGAAAUAAAACGUACAUAUGAACAAAUUAGUUUUUAUCGUGAUAAAGUUAAUAAUAAUCAAGAUUUUACUUAUACUGUUAAUGUAACAGUACAAAAAAUGAUUAACUUAAAACCAGGAGAAUAUAUAACUAAUUGUUUGAGAUGUAAUAGAACAUGUCAUUAUCCAUGUGAUAUUAAAGGAGAUAUAAAAGAUGGUUGUUAUUGUAUUGGUGAUAAUGGAUAUUGUAAAAUAUGCGGGUGUCAUUAUACACGACAUACAGGCUCAAGAUACAGAUUUGAUUAUAUAACAGAAACAAAACAACAAACAGCACAAGAAGUACUUGAAAGAUAUAAUGAAGGUAAAAAAGGUAUGGCUAAUGCAGAAAAUCUGUUAAAAAAGUUAGAAGAAGAAUAUUAUAAAAUUCAAACGGAAUGUUAUGAUAAACAAGUAAAAAUAGUAGAGCUCAUUAAUAGAUUAUCAGAAAUUGCACCAAAUAAUAAAGUUAAUGGAUUUAAUGAAUAUUUAGACCAAUUAAUUCAAACAGAAAAUGAUGAAAAGAAAAGUGGAUAUCAAGAACGAAUAAGAGGAUAUAAAGAACUUAAACAAUCAAAUGACAUAACAGAAUAUAUUAUGAAAAAAUCGGCUUCAAAAAAUAGUAUGAAAGAGAUUUGGACAGAAGUUGAAAGAAAAAUGAAAGAAUUAAAAUAA